GAUCCUAUGGCAACUUCACCUUCUCCAUGGAUUUCUACCAGACUUCUAGCUAUUUAAAACCUUACUCAGUUUUCGCUUACCCAGUGGUUGUCUACCCAAACCAGCCUCUGUGGGUUCAGUAUGAAGUCAAGAAUACCAACGCUGAUCUGGUCGUGUUUGCUGAGAAUUGUCGUGCUACGCCUUCUAAUGAUCCCAAUGCGACUCCACAGCAUGUGUUUCUACAGAGAGGAUGCGURCGCGACUCAACCAUGAAUUAUUGGUACAACCCAAACAGUAAAGUCCAGCGGUUCUCCAUCAGAUCGUUUCGUUUUGUGUAUUCCAACACCUUCCUGGUGUAUCUACACUGUGAGCUGAUUGUCUGUCAUCGUAACACAAACAACUCAAGGUGCRCACAAGGUUGUAUCAGCAGCUCCAGAGUACGUCGAGAAGCUGCUGAYGGCUCCACAGCAUAUGACUUGUCUGCUGGACCAUUGAAAGGAGGCAAGAUCAACGAUAAGAGUAACAAUCAACAAGGAUUAUUAAAGUCCAAGCAACUCAUUGGUGGAUUAGGAGGCGUUGGCGGGUUGUUCUUUCUCUUCACAAUAGUCCUCUUGGUCAUAGUCUAUCGUAACCGCAGGCGUGGCCAAGACAACAAACCAACCAGCAUCGCUCUGGAUGUUACUGUCAACUCGUAUGAGCAGUUAAACGUGGACAGCGACGAGAAGAAUGAAAGUGAAAUUUAGAUUGACAGCAUGAGAAAGAAGGGGAGAAAACUGUUCCAUACCUUAAACACAAAAUAGGAUGCUCCUGUCCUUGUCUUGUGUUGAUUGUCUAGUCUUUUUUCCUUGUGUACCCUUUAGAGGGGAUCUCCCCUUCUCCCUCUCCUCUCCUAAGAAUCUAUAAACACUGAUAUAACAUUAAGCUUUGAUUCAGAAAUAAUAGGAAUACUCCAUAGCAUAAUUUUGCAGACAAUUUCAGUGUGUUAGGCUUUGUAGAAUGUUACCAAAGGUUUUCUAUAUGAGAUAAAACUAAUGAUAACCUACUAAAAACAGGGUUCCCAGCCAUUUUGAAAAUGAAAAUUCCCUGACUAAAUAACAGUUUCCCUGACCUUGUUGGGCCACAUGGGCAAGCAUGGGCUACAUGCCUAACUUUUACCUAGGCCUCGCUCUUAUCAUAUUACACAGGAUACCCAACGUAAUUAAACUGUCAGGCAUAAAUGAUACUAAAUACUUCAAUAUUUUUUCAU